AUGGCUUCUAAAUUCUUCGCCAUCGUUGCAGGUGCUGGCCCAGGCACAGGCAGGGCAUGUGCUCUCCAGUUCGCCAAAGCCUACCCCGUUGUAUUGUUGACUCGUACGCCCGAGUCGUACCAAGACACCGUAGCCGAGAUCAAUAAAUCUGGAGGCAAAGCAAUCGGAAUUAGCGCUGACACCUCAGACGUCAAGUCAUUGAACUCAGCCUUCGAGGCCAUCGCUAAGGAACUGCCUGGCUUGAAGCUUGCUGCGGCUAUCUACAAUGUCGGUGCCGGCUUUAAGAGGUUGCCCUUUCUCGAGUUAACCGUCGACGAUUUUGACGGCGCUGUCGGUGGUAAUGCGCGAGGUCUCUUCAACUUUGCUCAGAAGGCGCUUCCACUGCUCCUAGAAUCGGUAUCAGACUCCAAACAUCCGCCGACAUUGCUUAUCACGGGAGCCACGGCUUCUGUUAGGGGGUCAAACCAAUUUUCCACGAUGGCGGCGAGCAUGUUUGCUCGACGAGCACUUGGACAGUCUCUGGCGCGGGAGUUUGGCCCCAAAGGAAUACACGUAGCACACGCCAUCAUUGACGGAGUCAUCGACAUCCCCAGGACUAGCCAUUACAACGUGAACAAUGGAGUCGAGGAUAGUAAGCUCAGAGCUGACGCGAUUGCUGAGAGUUACUGGAAUCUACACACGCAGCACCGUUCUGCGUUCACGCAAGAGGUGGACAUGCGCCCAUUUGUUGAGAAGUGGUAA